AUGCCAAAAAGGGUAAGACCAGCUAGCGAGCUGACUUCUGAAGAGAAAGUCAAACUCAUGAAUUGGUUCGUACAAGCCGACCCAGUUCUCAAAUUCGAGACAGAGAUUGUGGCGGGAUGUAUCGAAGACAUUACAUUCGAACGGUUUAUCCCCGUAACACCAAAGCGGGAAGAUACUACAACGUCAAGGAAAUGGGUUGUGAAGUUCUACAAAAGAAUCUGGGGCGAGGGGAAAUUUAUCAGUGCAACUCCGCAGCAGAUUAAUUUCAAGCAUAUGAUGGAAACAUGUACGAUAAGAGGGAGAGGCAUGAAGAUGAAGCAAAUUGAGAUUAGGAAUUCGGACCGGCCGAAAAAGAGAAAAGCUUGGAUUCCUAAUACGAUCGAUAUUCCCGACUAUGUUGAUGAGAGCGAGGCCGAUGAAGGGGAUGGGGACGGACAAGAAGAAAUUGCCGAGGGGGGAACGGGAGGAAUUGACAGCGAAAGUGUUGAGUACUACGAGAAGGACGGAAGUCUCGCAACAGAUGAGAGUGAAAAAAAGAAUAGCAACGACGGAAGCGGACAAAAAGAGACUAAGGAGGAGCAAGUUGGCGACGAAGAAUCGAACGACGAUACGAACGACGAUAAUGUGGACGACUACGGUACCAGCAGCACAGAAGCGGACAAUCAAAACCAAGCCAUUGACAAGCAAAAUAUUCAGCCAAAGAAACGCGGACGUCGAUCACCUGGCGAAUCGAGCAGUUCUAGCAGCGGAGGGACAGCGCAAGUUGAACGUUCUAGUAUGAGUGAGUUAGCAUUGAAGAAGCGCAUGAAGAGUUCGAAGAAGAAACUGAAAACUGGCAACGAGCAAGACGGUGAGCAAGAUGUUGAGCUAGAGACGGCGAGAAAGAGGCUGGAGAAAACUCUGGAAUUUAGAGAUUGCGAGGAGGUAGACGAUAGUAAUGGCACAUCAUCAAAGGGUUUUCUAGAUACUGCGUUUCAAGGAUUGAUUCACUUACUUCCCUAA